AAAAAGAAAAAGACAGAUUGCAAGUGCUGCAAGAAGAAAGUUGAGAAUCACCCGUUUAAGAUAGCAUUCGACCACUAUUCCCGUACUGCAUCCCUGUCUAUACUAUGAUAUUUUUCUUCCUAUAUAACCCUAUCCCAUUUCUUUUAUAAUCUCAUCCAUCAACCCUUUCCCUUUCCCAUUUUUCUUCUAGAAGUUUCAAAUUUUUGUUCAUGGAAGAUUUCACUGAGCUCAUUCCCGGAUUACCGGAAGAAAUCGCACUCCAGUGUUUGACUCGGAUGUAUUACGGUGUCCACGAGGUCGCCUCCCAUGUCUGUCAACGGUGGCGACGCCUCCUCCUCUGCAAAGACUUCUACUAUCACCGGAAACAAUCUGGGUUCACUCAUAAAACCGCUUGUUUUGUUCAAUCGCUCCCUGCCGCUGCUUCUAACCCUAAACCGGAGAAUCAGCCUAAAUAUGGUUUGACCGUUUUUGAACCCAGUUCUGGAAUUUGGGACCAGGUGGACCCGGUUCCCAAGUACCCCGAUGGGUUGCCGUUGUUUUGCCAGGUGGAGAGUUCGGAGGGGAAGCUGGUGAUGAUGGGUGGUUGGAAUCCGGGGAGUUGGGAGCCUUUGCGUGAUGUUUUCGUGUACGAUUUCACGACUCGGAGGUGGACUCAGCGAACCGACAUGCCGUCCAAUCGUUCGUUCUUCGCUGCCGGCGCGUAUGAUGGGAAAAUCUACGUCGCGGGUGGACACGACGAGAGCAAGAACGCGCUGAAAAGCGCGUGGGUGUACGAUAUCUCCGCCGAUGAGUGGACAGAGUUAGCUCCGAUGAGUGAGGAGCGUGAUGAGUGUGAAGGUGUAUUUGUCGGGUCGGAGUUCAUGGUGAUAAGUGGGUACGACACUGACAGCCAAGGUCGGUUCAAAAACACGGCGGAGGUUCUGGACAUCACAACCGGAAGAUGGCGGCGCGUGGAGGAGGCUUGGGGAGGCAGCAGGUGUCCGAGGGCGUGCGUUACGGUAGGGCAGAAUGGGAAUUUGACCUGCUGGGCUGAGUCGGAUCCCGCUAUUCAAGUCGGGGCAUGCGGGGUUGACCUUGGGGAUCGGACCUUGGUCACUGGAUCGGCUUACCAGGGUGCACCGCAGACCUUCUUUGUAGCGGAGAAAUUGAAACAAGGGCAGAAUCGUAAAUUGAUUAAAGUGGGUGCUCCGGAUGAGUUCUCCGGGUUCGUUCAAUCGGGUUGCUUUGUUGAGAUUUGAACUUUUUCCGGUACGAGUGUCAACAUCAGUCAUCAGACUCCAUGCGCAUGAAUUUUGAUUUUCUUUUUCUGUAUUUUUAAGAAAAAAGAAAAAUAUUAAAUAUAUACGAAGCAUAUGUAAUUAAUGAUACCCGACCCGACCCAGUUGCUUUAACCUUUUUA